UCACCAUGGACGCGUUAAGGGGGUAGCCUGUGUGGAUUACCAAACUAAGUUAUCGGGACACUUUUGCGACUGAUCCACAUUUACGGGCAGUUGCCACUGUUCACAGUUUCAAAACUGUUAUGAGUAAGCCUGGUUCUGGCUGAAAAACAAAUUAUGCCCUCCAAUGGAUUGUCGUCACGCCGUGGAUUUUGUUUCCAAUACCUCAGCAGCUUGGACUUGCAAUACUGUAGGACGAUGGGAGUACUAGCCUGUUAGCCAGCUAACAAGGCAGAACAGCUACGAAGAGAAUUUACUGAUUUUGUUACAUUGUAUCAUCUUGGAGUUCCAAGUUCUUUGAAGCGCCUCGCGAACUGGACUACUUGUAAACUUUCGACGGAGAGCAGAGUUGUGGAAAGCCCUUACAUUUCUACUAUCGCGGAAAGUGGGAGUCAAUCCAGACCGUGGUCGCGAAAGUGGCCUGGAAAUCUGUCGGGAAUUUGAGUUCGCAAAUGAAAGUGGGGAAGUUUAAAAGACGGAGUAACGUCUCGAGGGACGUUUUUCAUAUUCAAGUCUGUCUCUAAGUCCAAUCAUUUUUGAGUAAUACCAUGGCAUCUUUUGUGGACAAUAGUUUUCGCCAUGCAGUAAUGAAAAUCCCACCGGAGAGGACGCAACAGGAUCUUCAGAUCGUGUACUCAUAUCUGCAUGGGAUGGAAGCACUGUCAAAUUUGAGAGAACAUCAGCUCAGGUUAAUGUGUGAGACAGUGAGAUAUGAGCAACAUGAAGCUAAUGAAGUUCUCUACUAUCCUGAUGACAUUGGAAGCUGUUGGUACAUUUUACUCUCUGGCUCAGUCUUCAUCAAAGAGUCCAUGUUUCUUCCUCGCAGCAGCUUUGGGAAGCGUUCUGCUGGCAGUGCAAGGAGAGGUUGUGAGUGCAUCGUCUUGGAACCUUCGGAGAUGUUGGUGGUGGACUAUGUGGAUGAGAGUGAAGUGUACUUCCAGCGCCAAGCGUCUCACCGGCAGUCACGUCGCAGAUUCCGAAAAAUCAAUCAGAGUGGGGAACGAGAAACCAUCAUUGACACAGUUGAACAUGAAGACUACUCGCCCAGCAGCAGCAAACCCCCUCUGCCUCAAACCUACCACACAGAGAGCCCUAAACAACAGAUCCCAGUGGAUUUCUCUAAGCUCCACCUAUCAGAGAGUCUCCACCCUCACCUGACCCGUUCCAGCCAUUCGGCAUGCAGUUUCACCAGCGAAUCUGGCAGCAGCAGCCUGUCUGACAUCUACCAGUCGACAGAGAGUGAAUGUGGGGAGUUGGACCUAAGCGGGUUGCCAGAGACAGCUGUGGACUCUGAUGAAGACGAGGAGGAUGAUGAAGAAGAAGAUGUAAGUCGGUCAGCUGACCCUCUCAUGAGCAGAGAUGUGGUGCGAGACUGCCUGGAAAAAGACCCCAUGGAUCGCACAGAUGAUGACAUCGAGCAGUUACUGGAGUUCAUGCAGCAGCUGCCAGCCUUUGCCAACUUGAGUGUGUGGGUGCGCAGAGAGCUGUGUGCUGUCAUGGUGUUUGCGGUGGUGGAGCGUGCAGGAACAGUUGUUCUGAAUCAUGGUGAAGAGUUGGACUCGUGGUCAGUGAUUCUGAAUGGGUCGGUGGAGAUUCUAUAUCCUGACAGCCAGAGUGAGACUCUUUGCAUGGGCAGCAGUUUUGGUGUGACCCCCUCCAUGGAGAAAGAGCUCAUGGUGGGGGUGAUGAAAACCAAGGUGGACGACUGCCAGUUUGUUUGCAUAGCUCAGCAGGAAUAUUGCCACAUUCUGAAUCGCGUUGAGCUCAACACACAGCGUGUGGAAGAGGAGGGGGAAAUCGUCAUGGUGAAGGAACAUCGAGACCUUGAUAGGACGGGGACCCGAAAGGGACAUAUUGUGGUGAAGGGCACAUGUGAGCGCCUGAUGCAGCAUCUGGUGGAGGAUCACUCGCUGGUGGACCCCACUUACAUUGAGGACUUCCUGCUAACCUACCGGACCUUCUUGCCACGCCCUCUCAGCCUCGGCCACAGACUUCUGGAGUGGUUUAAAGAGCCGAGCUUACGAGACAAGGUCACCCGUGUGGUGCUCAUGUGGGUCAACAAUCACUUCAGUGACUUUGAGGAAGAUGAUGCCAUGAGCAGCUUCCUGGAAGAGUUUCAAAGCUGUUUGGAAAGAGAAAAGAUGACGGGACACUUGCGUCUGUUGAACAUUGCGUGUGCGGCCCAGGCGAAGCCUCGCGUCGUCUGUGUGUCCCGUGUCUCACGUGACUCGCCGCUUCCCUUCAGCUUGCUGGGCGGUGCAGAACGAGGGACGCGCCUCUUCAUCAGCGCUGUGGAAGUGGGCAGCAUUGCUGAGGAGGCAGGACUUAAACGAGGAGACCAGAUUCUGGAGGUGAAUGGUCAGAGUUUUGAGAACCUGCUGCUGUCCAAAGCCAUGGAGAUUCUUAAAGGCCAGUUACAGCUUACCAUGAGUGUCAAGACCAACUUGCUCGUGUUUAAGGAGUUGGUUUCCAGAGUGUUAGAAGAGAGGAGGAGUGGAGUGCCUCACCUUCCAAAGAUUGGUGAUGCACGGAAGAACCGCCUUUCCGUUCCUGACUUGGCUGUAACUCUCGGCGGCGGAGGUCAUGAAAAAGUCAACAGAAAGGUGAAAGCUCACACAGUGGGUGGCCGAAACAAACUUCUCAAGAUUCUGGACAAAACCCGAAUCAGCAUAUUGCCACAGAAGCCAUACAGCGUUGGCCAGUCGCAGGAUGACAGCAUGGUGGGCUUGAAGCAGUCCAAGCACACAUCAGCCACUCUAACUGCCAGUGGAACCCUGUCACCAAGCAACCCUGACUUGCAGAACCAGCAGCUAUCGGGUGAACAGACAAAUUGCCAGUCAGAGCAAGACCAAGUACUGCGUGUGUUCAAAGCUGACCAGCAGAGCCGGUACCUGAUGGUGACGAGAGAAAGCACUGCAAGAGAGGUGAUCAACCAUGCGAUGAGAGAGUUUGGUCUGAGUGCACCUCCUGAGGCCUAUUCACUGUGUGAGGUGACGGUCACACCCGAGGGUGUCACUAAGCAGCGGCGGCUUCCUGAUCAACUCAAUAAACUUGCUGAUCGAAUACAGCUUAGUUCCAGGUAUUACCUGAAGAGUAACACAGAGACAGAGACCCUGUGCUCUGAUGUGGAGGCCCAAGAGCUACUGCGGGAGUCGCAGGUCUGUCUGCUGUCGCUGAGCUCCGUGGAGUUGGCCAAUCAGCUGUCGGCUCGCAACUACUUGCUCUUCUCCAGCAUUCAUCCCGUGGACUACAUCAAGGAUCUCUUCAAGCUCCGCGCAGCUUCGGAGGAAAUGGGCAACCUGCGGCAAUUUGAGGAUCUCAUCAAUCAGGAGACGUUUUGGGUCGCCUCGGAAGUAGUCAAAGAAGCCAACCAGCUGCGGCGGGCCAAGGUCAUCAAGCAGCUUAUCAAGGUCGCGGCACGAUGUCGAGAGGUCAACAACUACAAUUCCACUUUUAACAUCAUCAGUGGGUUGAACCUAGCCCCUGUCUCUCGCAUGAGGGGCACUUGGGAAAAGCUACCUGCGAAGUACGAUAAGCUGCUGACAGAGCUACAGUGUGUGUUUGACCCCUCACGCAACAUGGCUAAAUACCGUAGCCUGCUCAACACGCCCACGCACACUCUCCAGCCGCCCAUCAUCCCUCUCUUCCCAGUAAUCAAGAAGGAUCUCACCUUCCUUCACGAAGGGAACGACUCUAAGGUUGAUGGCUUGGUGAAUUUUGAGAAGCUGAGAAUGAUCGCCCGGGAGAUCCGCCAUGUUGGCCGCAUGGCCACAGUGUAUACAGAUCCUGCUCUUCUGUACAGAACCAGGAAAAAGAAGUGGAGAAGUCUGGGGUCCCUGAGCCAGACGGGCAGCUCCACAGUGCUGGACAUGGCGCUGAUGGGCCAGAAGAAGCGUGGUCGGCGCGGCUCCUUUCUUAGUGCCAAGCGUCUCUAUGAAGAGGAUCUGAUGAUCCGGCGUGUCCGCCAGUACCUCUCCACAUUUGUCCAUGUGGUCCAGAGUGAUGAGGAGCUUCUCCAUACACUCUCUCUUCAGUGUGAGCCUGCCUCACAACCUGUUUUAAAGAGUUUGGGAGAGAGACGGACCGUGGACUCUUCCCCAGCCACCCCCAGAAGCCCCACCCCUCAAACCUCUCACACGCAUCUGUCCCGGAGAAAAUCCUCUAAUAAAGAGACAUUUGGUGGCAAGUCCCCACAGUCGAUAAAGAAGACGCUUAAUCAUUCUGAAGAAGGCCAAGCUCAACAAAAGAGGCAGACAGAGGACAGCCAGUCAAACGCUUCAUCUCUGCUCUCCUCUCCUCCCGUUUCACCGCAAAGUACUCCACGUAGAGGUGUGUAUACCACCUCAGAUGUGGACCAGUACAGCCUCCUCAGCUCGUCCUCAUGUGACCUGAUGGAUGAUGUGCGAGGCCCCCACGCCCAUGUCCACAUCAACAUGCCUGCACACACACAGUCAGCCAGCAACAUACUUGCCACAGGAAGAUCAGAGCCUGACCAAAUAAGCCUGGGCUCCUACUCCCUCUCUCAGGAUCAGUGUGAUCGCGCCUCACUGGACGCUGCAGAUAGUGGACGGGGCAGUUGGACGUCCUGCUCAAGUGGUUCCCAUGACAACAUCCAGAGCAUCCCACAGAGGUGUUGGGACACGUUGUCUGAGGGAGCCGGGGCUGGCCGGGGCUACUGGGCCGCCCCCACUGGUUACUGGGGAGAUGAACUGGAGGGGGAGACUGGAACAAUAAAGCGCCGUGGCAACAAGCCCGUCAUAGGACACAGAGAAGGGCGUUUCCGCGAGCCUCCGCCAACACCCCCUGGCUAUACCCCUUUGGCUGAGGUGAGCUACAACCCCCCACCUGGGCGACGCCCUCCAGACUACAACGCCGCACUGCAGAGGUCUCGCCUCCUCAAGAGAUCAUGUGACUCUCCAGGGCCAAUCAGUGCUCAGCAGGUCAGCCACACCCAUCGGCCAGCA